UUAUGUUGAUGUGCAUAAAGAUUACAUUGUUUAUGUUUCAACUGGUGCCCGGCAUCAGGAUAUUCCCUUGUCAUCUCUCAGCAGUUCAUUUCAAAAUAAAUGCUAGUGAAAUCACUUUCAACAGUACUAUUACGGUGUCGGACGUGUGAUUUGUUUAGAAUAUCUACGGCAGCCAUGUCUCAAGUUCCCUUAAGUUUGGAAACUCUAUCAAAGUACCGGAAUGACUUCUAUUCGGAUCCCAAGAACGAAUUGGCACAGAAUGUCUGCACAAGGUUUGAUCCCUUUGAGGUUGCCAUCAGCCGGAAGAAGGCUGAUAGUACCUUACAUGUCUACAAUAUCAAGGUCGAAUCUGAAGCUAAACCGGUGACAAACCAAGAGAAUUCAGGGCGAUGCUGGCUCUUCGCCGCCCUCAACGUCAUGCGACUACCUUUCAUGAAAAAGUAUGGCAUCGAGGAGUUUGAGUUUUCACAGAGCUACCUUUUCUUCUGGGAUAAGAUCGAGCGGUCUCAUUACUGGCUGAACAACAUCGUGGCGACUGCUAAGCAGGGAGAACAGCUUGAGGGACGACUUGUCAACUUCCUACUGAAGGACCCGAUCAACGACGGCGGUCAAUGGGAUAUGAUAGUAAACCUGGUCAACAAAUAUGGUGUCGUCCCCAAGAAGUGCUUCCCAGAGUCCUUCAGCUCGCGCCGAAGCUUACACAUGAAUGCGCUCAUCAAGACCAAGCUUCGCGAAUACGCCAAGGAGUUGCGCGACAAGGUGGCGGCUAAGGCCUCUGACGAGGAGAUACAAUGCACCAUCAACUGUCAGAUCGCAGUCAUAUACAACAUCGUCGCUACAUGCUUAGGUACCCCUCCAGAAACCUUCACGUUUGAGUUCUACAACAAGGAGAAAGCUUACAACACGUUCGGGUCGCUCACGCCGCAGCAGUUCUACAACAGUCACGUACGGCCGCUGUUUGAUGUCGACAGUAAGGUGUGUUUAGUAUCGGACCCCCGGGAGUCGAACCCGUUCGGCCAGCUGUACACGCUCCAGUGCCUCGGCAACGUCGUCGGUGGCCGCCAGACCGCUUACAACAACCAGCCUGUUGAAACUCUUAUGAAAGCCGUGAAGGACAGUAUACAGGGAGGCGAAGCUGUGUGGUUCGGGUGUGAAGUGUCCAAACGAUUUGAGAGGAAGAACGGGUUGGAAGACCUCGAUGCCCACGACUACCGCCUAGUAUUCAACACGGAGGUGCAGAUCGGCCUGCCGAAGGCCGACAGACUCAUGUACGGGGACUCCUGCAUGACGCACGCCAUGGUCUUCACCGCAGUCGGAACUGAUGACAAGGGUAACCCGACGAAGUUCCGCGUGGAGAACUCUUACAGCGAUAAGGAGUACGACAAAGGAUACUUGCUGCUCACCGAGCCUUGGUUCAGGGAGUUUGUUUUCGAGAUAGUAGUCGACCGAAAAUACGUGCCCGACGAUGUAUUACAAGUGUUCAAACAGGAGCCCAAGGUCCUCCCCGCCUGGGACCCCAUGGGGACGCUCGCCUGCCCGCUGUGCUGUAAAUAAUAACCCACCGGUAAUUAGGUAAAAAGUCAACACUCUAUUUUGAAAUCACAUGUCUGUAGUACUGAUACAGUCCAAUUUUGAAUAAAAUUCUAUUUAAAUUGAAUGAUUUGCUAUUUCGCUAUUAAGUAACUUUGAUAAUGAUUAUAUUUUAGGUAUUUUAAACACCAAUUCCUAUGUCAUUGAGAAAUACUGCUCAUUUGUUAAUUGGAUUGUGAUGACAACUUCUGUUGCUUGGCUUAAAUUGCUAUGAGAUCUAGUAGCCUGUAAAUCAGGGGCCACCAAUCCCCUCUUUCUGCAUUUACAUAAAGCUGUUAAUCAACUAAUAUUUAAUAAAUAUAACAGUUGUUUGGUUAU